UUCCGGUUGGUAACGAUAGACGCAAAAAGUCAGAAACAUGAAAGAGGUUAUAGUCUGUGCUCUUAAUACGUGAGAUUUAUGAACAGCAUAUGUCAUAAAUAAACCAAAAGCAGACGAUAUGAAAGAAAGUAAUCUUAGAAACUAAAAAAAAACAUGGCAGAAGAUGAAUUAGAUUUGGCCUUGGAGCUGAGUCGAGAUCUGAAUCUCGCGGCCCAAAAUGAUGCACAGAAAGACAAGGCAGUCUGGGAACAUGAAGACUUAGCUCAGGUACGGAUGCGAGUUCUGAGGGAACACUCAAAAGGAGUAAACAGUUGUCAGUUUUUCAACGGCGGUACUAAAUUUGUGACAGCAUCAGAUGAUAAGAGCGUCAAGCUUUGGAGCUUUGGGUCCGGGGGAGUGCUACACAGCCUGGAGAACAUACAUGACAUGCCAGUCAACGAAGCCAGGAUUACAUCCGAUGGAAAUAGUUUUGUCAGUUGUGGGUGGGACAAAAAAGUCAAGUUCUGGGACACUCAGAAGGUUGCAGAAAAGUGGUCAGGGAAGCACGGCGGGGUCGUCACCUGCUGUAAACUGUCACAUGACGAGACGAUGGUGUGCUCCGGCUCCGACAUGGACAACAUCCUGAAAAUCUGGGACGCCAGAUCAGGGGAGAUAAUUCACAACCUCAAAGACCACCAUUCCAGCACCAUCACCAGUUGCAUCUUUUCCCCCAAGGAUGAUAAAGUCAUCACAACAUCCAUGGACAGGGCGACCAAGUUCUUCGAUCUCAGGACUUGUACAACUACCAUUCAACUGGAGGGCCACUUCAACAUUGUAUCAAGCUGUGCUAUCUCUUAUGAUGAGCGGAAGUUUGCUACAACCUCGUGGGACAAAACAGUACAGCAGUGGGACAUUGCCACAGGGAUGUACAGGUCAAAGGGUCCAGUGUGUAUGAAGGGCCAGCACGAGGGGUCAGUCAGCUGCUGCAAUUUCAGCAAAGAUGGCCAGAUGUUGGUGACAGGCUCGUAUGAUCAGAGUGUGGUGGUAUGGGACACGGACAACCACGUACAGAAGAUCAAGCUUCAGGGACACACAGACUGGGUGAAUGACGUCUGCUUCAGCGAUGACCAGAAGUGGCUUCUUUCUUGCUCAAAGGACGAGACUGUCCGGCUGUGGAAUGUUGAGGACACCGACAAGAUCCCUGUUGUCCUCGAGAACAGAAGGUCCAUUGGCCUCAAGGUCAUCAAGUGUUCUUCAUGUGGCAAGCCCUUCUCAAUAGCUCAGCUGGACAACUUCCGCGAUGUGACUCUAUGUGUGUUCUGUCGACUGCAAGAUCCUGGCAAAACAUGGCUGGAGAUUAAUGAGCCAGAGGCUUAGCAUCAUUUGAAGCAAACUUUAUCUGUGAUAUUCGUGGUUUUAUCAUGUCAGUAUCAAUGAAGCUUUGUUGAUGACAAAUCUGUGAUUCAAAAUCACUUUCAGCAUUCCACAAGCCAGUGCAUCUUUCCAUAUGUAUUAAAUAUUAAUGUACACAGAAACAGCUCCAUGUAAGAUAUCUUUCAUUGGUUGAUAUGCAAUUACCUUCCAUAAAGGCUAUUUGUGUGUCAGUGGUGAUAGACACUGCAAUAAAAUUAAAGACAUUCA